UCUGACACCAACAUGAGCGGCAACAUAAGGUUCAGGUUAGAUUUGUCUGGAGAGGACUUCUCUCCUACUGGGAGCAUAAGCUUGAAUAGGGUCCUCCAGCGGAUUACCCUGCUGCUGAAUGACCACCAGACCUACACCAUGUAUCACGGCACCACCCGGGCGUCUGCUCAGCGGAUCCUUAAGGCAGGUUUCCGUCAAUCUAAAGAUGGGAUGCUUGGUCCUGGGGUCUACCUCAGCACAGACCUGGAGAAAGCCAGUCGCUACCCUAUUAAUUGUCCUGAAGAGGACAAGGUGGUCAUCGAGGUACAGGUGAACGUGGGGAAGGUGAUAGUGAUCAAUUACCAGAAUCACCCUCUGCAGAAGACCUGGCAUGAUCAUGGAUUCGACACCGCCUGGGUGCCGCCCAACUGUGGAAUGGUGAAGAGCGGCCUGGAGGAGAAUUGCGUCUGGGAACCCAGUAGAAUCAGGGUUAUUCAGCUGAUCGAACCCACAAAAGUCCCAGUCCUGUCUGAGGAUCCAGCUGAUGACCGGACCUACAUCAUGUAUCACGGCACCACCCAGGAAUAUGCUCAGAAGAUCCAUCAGAAAGGUUUCGAACGAUCUAAAGCUGGGAUGCUUGGUCCUGGGGUCUACCUCAGCAGAGACCUGCAGAAAGCCAGUCGCUACCCUAUUAAUUGUCCUGAAGAGGACAGGGUGGUCAUCAAGGUAAAGGUCAACGUGGGGAAGGUGAAAGCCAUCAAUUGCCAGAAUCACCCUAUGCAGAAGACCUGGCAUCAGAAUGGAUACGACACCGCCUGGGUGCCGCCCAACUGUGGGAUGGUGAAGAGCGGCCUGGAGGAGAACUGCGUCUGGGAGCCCAGUAGAAUCAAGAUCAUUCAGCUAAUCGAACCCACAAAAGUCCCAGCCCAGCCUGAUUACAUGUAAAAGCAAGCAAUAAGUGCUUCAUUUUGUACAAGCAAAUAUAUUUGGAUAAAAUCUAUUUUGUAAUCUUUGUCAUUUUGACCUGAAAAAUAAAAGAUCUCAUAUUAAAAUAUA